CGGCACACGUCUAUUUAUAGAUAAUCAGUUCUACAGAUUUCAGUACUCUGCUUCAUUCAUCUUCUCUGUCAUAGAAAUACCAAAAGAAACAAACAAACAAACAGACAGACCAGAAAGAAAGAAAGAAAGAAAGAGCACAGUGACAAAAGAUGGCUUCAUCCAUGAUAAUUAAGCUCGCAGUCAUUGCCUUCACAUCAGCUAUCAGCCUGCAAUGUGUUCUGGGUGUCCUGACUUGUGAGGAGUUGCCUCUUCAGCUCUGUGCAUUUUCUGUUUCAUCGUCAGGAGCACGGUGUGUUCUUGAGAAAUCUAUCUUGAGGGACGGCAGAGCCCAAUACCAGUGUCUGACAUCAGAGGUGAUGGUAGAAAAGAUAAGUGAAUGGAUUGAAACAGAAGAAUGUUUAAACAACUGUGGGCUUGACAGAAUGGUAGUGGGAAUGUCCAGUGAUAAUUUAAUGGAGUACAGAUUUACCAGCAAACUGUGCUCUCCACAGUGUUAUAACACUUGCCACAACAUUGUGAAUCUCUACUUCAAUCUUGCUGCUGGAGAAGGUGUGUACUUGCCUAGCCUGUGCAAAGCUCACAGAAGUGGGUCCCGGCGCAUGGUAAGCGAAGUUUUGAAUGGAGAACAGUCAAGUAUUACAGCUGAAUCAUUCAACUUUGCUUCUCCUCCUUCUUCUUCUUCCACCAUGGACAUCACAACCGCCAUUCCUGUGGCUUCUCGAGUUCCAUAGACUAUAAAGCAAAGUUUUUCUUUCAAAUAGUUUAUAUGAUAGCUUUCUAGUUACAUGGCCCUGUACAAUUAAAUCCUGUGUAUGGAUACUUCCACAUCAAUUAUUAUGGCCCAUAACCAGUUUAAUUGUUUAAAAGGAUUUAUACCCUCUGAAGAAUUUUUAUUUUAUUUUAUUUGUGGGAGAUUAUAUAGUG